AUGGCCCACGAGUCUCUACAUGGAUCAUGCUCUUGCGGGCGCAACCAAUACACAAUCGCCAUUCCUGAAAAUGUGACAGACCAUGCUGAGGUGUACUUUGACAGCAGUCGAGAAAAUCGCCGAUUUCACGGUACCCCACUUACUGCAUGGCUCCGAGUGCCCUUGCACUGGUACAAUUCACACACCGAAUCGUUCUUCCCCGAUGAAACACACACUUCAAUCCGCCGUUCUUUUUCUCCUCGCCAUGCACCCGAAACUCAGCGCGUAUUCUGCGGCUUUUGCGGAACCCCAUUGACUGUAUGGACUGAGGAGCCUCAUGAAGAAGCUGAUUUCAUGUCAGUGUCUAUUGGAAGUCUUUUUUCAGAGGAUCAGCGAGCACUGGAAGAUCUCGACCUACUCCCUGGUGACUUUGAUGAAGAGGAAGACGAAGACCAGGUCGAGGCGGAGGUUUCUGGGUCCUUCACCACACCACCUCUGGGUACCUCAUCGGUUGUUGUACCUUCUUUCACUGGCACAGGUCAUAUUUCACGAAACUUUCAGCAUGGCAGGGCCGGUGCUAUUCCUUGGUUUGAGGAGAUGGUUGAAGGCAGCCGGCUGGGCCGUUUGAUGCGGUCUCGACGAGGUAUGGGUGUGAGUGAUGACCAGUCCACUUCAAUAGAGUGGGAGGUCAGUGAGUGGCAUGAUGAUGGAAGUGGUGGUUUUCUAAAGCAAGAGGAAUCGCGCUCUGGAGGGACAACCACUGGGAAGAGAAAACGAGGCCGCCAGGCUGAUAAAAGCUCCGCCAAGAAGCGGACUUAA